AUGUCCUCUUCGAACACAAGUCUUCACUCUCGGUCCCAUUCCUCUCCUUCUUCCUACCCCAACAUCAUUUUCCAACAAGAUUACAAUACCAUCACUUCAGCUAUCACUUCCAAUCUUUUCAAUUAUUCCAACAAUACUAAUAAUAACAAUAACAACAACAACAAUUACUCCCAAAUUCAUGUCUUUCCCAUCAUCAAUGGAAAACAUUCUCUCAAAACCAUUUGUCGUUAUCAUUCGGAUUUGUAUAUGAUUCGAAGAGCCAUGAUGGAUGAUUGGGUUCAAAAGAUCACGUCGUCAUCAUCAUCAUCGAUCCAUCAUCAUGACUAUUUCAAUAAUUCUGUCAUGAAUCAUACGAAUAAUAAUAACAAUAGCAAUAAUAACAAACAAGGACUUUUUCAACAACAACCAAAUUAUAUAGAGACAUUGAGUAGUGAAAUUUUGAGUGAACGAUAUUUACUUCUUCAUCAUGGAUACAGUGAGUAUGAGGAUUCGGAAGAUGAAAAUCAUCACACUGUGAAAAAUCAAUCAUCUCCUGCAAUGACUUCUCCAUUAUUGGGAAGAGUGAAUCAAACGCAUGAGAGUGUUCAUUCCAUCACGAUCGAUCCUAAUAGGAAUCGAGUCACUCCUUCGAUUGAAGUGACAUCGACUGCCACCGAGUCGACUUCCAAUUCUUCCUCUCUAUUACUUGAUAAUGUGAAAUAUUCUCGAGAACAAUUGGUGGAUUUUACAUCGACACCAUUAACUAUUGAGCAACGAGUGUUAUUUUGUAUUGAAUAUGGUUAUCUGGAAGAAUUGAAAUUUUUAUUAUGUCACGCUGCUUCUUCAUUGAAUAAUUCGAAUUCACAACAAGGAGGAUAUUCGAUGACUUCAGGAACUUCAUCACUCUCUUCUUCAUUAUCUUCCUCUUCCUCUUCGUCACAGAGUCAUUUACAUAAUGCAACAACAAAUCAAAAUUCCUCAAGUACAAAUCAUUCCGAGUUAUUCUUGUCACCUCCAACUUACACAUCAUCCUCUGCAUUCUUUGAUGUGAAUCAAAUAUUUAGAGACAAGUCCAAAAACGAUCGUUCGUUGCUACAUAUGGCUGCUCGAUAUGGUCAUGUUCAUAUUAUUUCAUACUUGAUUGAUGAAUUGCAUGCCAAUCCAAACCUUACUGAUAAAUCCGAUUCCACUCCUAUAUUUUUGGCAUGUGCUCACGGACACUCCGAUGCAUGUCACGCCCUUGCUUCGAAAGGAGCUUCUCUAAAUAUUAGAGAUUUAUAUGAAAAUUUCCCAUUAAGUAUUGCAUUGAGUUGUGGUCAUUACGAAACUGCGCAAGCUCUUUUAUUGUUUGGAGCAGAUAUAAAUUUUAAAGGAAAAAGAGGAAACACUGUUUUGCAUGAAGCGUGUGAAGCAAAUGAUUGGCAACGCGUUGAUUUCAUACUGAGUUCGAAUGGUGGAGGUUCUGUCAAUGUUGCCACAAAGAAUCGAUUUGAUGAAAAUUGUUUAUUCUCUGCACUUCCAUAUCCAUCGUUAUUGUAUCGAUUGUGUGAAAGAUUUUAUAGACAAUCGACACCAGAAGAAUUUCAAAGAUGGAUUCGAUCAGAAGAUCAAUACGGAAAAACUCUCUUACAUGUAUGCGCUCAAAAUUUAUAUUUUAUUUCAUUUUGCAUUUUGGUGAAUUAUAUUCAACCUGAUCGAUUGGCAUCCUUUCUGAGUUGCAAAGAUCGAGUGAAAGGAAAUACUAUACUUCAUACAUUGGUGUCACAAAUUGGAAAUUCUCCAGUGACAAACAUUGCCGGAAAUUAUAUUGGUUCUUCUUUGGAACAAGAAUAUUCAAGUGCAACAUUAUUUACAAACACCACCAAUCAUCAUUCACACCACACAAUUCAUGGUUCAUUGUCACUUCCUUCUCUUUCACCUCCUGGUAUGAUUUCAACUUUGUCUCCAAACAACAGCAACAGCAGCAGCAACAGUACGACUACAAGCUCUGCAAAUUCCACACCCCUUUUAUUUUCUCAACAACAAUACCUCUCACCUUCACAUUCUCCACUCCAAAUUAAUUCCUCAACGAAUACUUCAGCGUUUAUUACAACUUUAAAUAGCUCAGUAGACUUGUCCGAUUCGUCGUCACAUUCUCAUCACCACAACAACUUGUUAAAUAAUCACACCACCUUAUCCAAUUCAUUGAUUUCCUCCGAUUAUGGAGAUUCAUCAGAAAUGUAUUCAUCUCAGACAAGUGCAACCAAUAAUUAUCAAACACCCUUCUCUCCUCACAAGUGUUAUUUGUAUAAUCAUGACGUUCCAGGUGAUGCAUUUUUAUGGGCAUUCAUUUCAAGUGGUGAAUUAGUGGGUGGUAGUUAUAGUAACAACAACAAUAGUAGUGGUGGAAAUAAUUCUUUAGGAAUUAAUAUUGUCGAUGAACAAAAUAAUGAUGGUGACACUGCAUUGCAUUUGGCUCUUAAAGCUCAAAAUAUUUCUGUGGCGCAUUUAUUAAUUCAUGAAUUGGGAGCAAAUGUGAAAUUACAAAACAAACAACACAAAUCAGCAAAGAAAGUGGCAAAGGAAUUUGGAAUUUCUCUUCAAGAUAUUGUGAACACUCCGAAUAUUAUGGAUCUUCUUCAAAGUCAUGCAAUCAAAGAAUCCAAUCAAAACAAUCAACACAACAAUAAUCAUUCCACAUCAUUGAAUUCAUCAUCUUCUUCAAAUAGUGGCAGCGGUGGAGAAAAGAGUGCAUCCAAUCGAUUGACAGGACUUUUCAAAAAGAUUACAAAAUCCUCACCGAUGGAUACCAAUUCCAACAACAGUGGCAACAGUCAUCACUCAAAAACCAAAAAGACUUCAAUUGAAGAUUUUAAUGUUGGAACUGGAAAUUUGAGUAAUAGCACAAGUUCCUCAUUGAAUCAUUCGAAUGUGACAUCUUUGCCAUUGGUUCAACUUCCCAUAAGACCAACUAGUCCUAGUCAACAACAACAACAACAAACACCAUCUCUACUCACAUCAUCCACUCCAACACAACAAAAUGGUGUAAUUUCAAAUUCAACCAUAUUAUCGAGAGAACAAUUAGUGGCAUGGACCAAUCAUACGGCUUUUAAUUUGGGAAUUGUCGAUUCAUGUUAUAUGAGAAUAUUUGAUCGAAUUAAUUCAUUGGCCAAGUCGAUCUUUCGUGCUGCUCAUAGCAAAUCGAAAUCAUCUUCAGCAUCUAUUGUGGAUUGGAAUAUUGGAAUUUACAUCUUCGAAGAGAGUAUUGAAGCAUUGGAAGAAUCAUUCGAAUACGAAAGAAGAUUAUUUUUGGAAUGUGGCAUGAAGAGAGAAUUAGUGGAGGAGCAUGUGAAAGAUCACGAAUGUAUUUCGCAAUGCUUGCUUGAUCUAUUGGAUGAAUACAAGCAACAUGGAACAGAGUCAAUCUUGGAAGAGUUUUUGUUCUACAUGAUUUCACAUGUGUCACAACAUUAUUUGUGUAUGGAUCGACUUUUGGCAAUGGAAGUGAAAGCAUUCAGAGUGGCUCCACUUUCAGAAGAGAAUGAAUUAAUGCUGGAAUAUAUUUAA